AUGAAAUACAGCAACUACGUGCGGACCUUGAUGCUUCCCGAACAGAUGUCCACCAGCUUCGUACGCAGCUUCUUUCCGUCCAGACACCCAGAUCCCGCCUGCCAGAUCCGCCUCGCUUUAACGGUAAACCAUACACGCUUCGCACAUGGCUCCCGUCAAUUAAAAGCAAAACUUCGAUCAGACCAGCUCGUAGGAGCUGAUGCUUUUGACUAUGUAUGGGAUCGACUAGAACAGUCUCAGCAAGCUUCUGUCCUGCACCUCCGCCAAUCUGCCGAAGAAAACCAGCUAUGGGAUCCUGAAGUUAUUUUCUCUUUUUUUCAGCGUCUAUGCCAUAACCCACGGGAACAGCAGGAGGCUAUUCAGCGCUUUACUUCUAUACAACAGAGGGAUGACGAAUCGCUUAUCGCCUACCUUGCUCGUUUUGAACGACUUUCAUAUGAAGCCAAUAGUACCGAUCGGCGUACCCGUCCUAGUCCAAAAUCAGCCCCGAAACCAGCUUUGACCCCGAAUACAGACCCAAUGGAUACUGAUCCGGUCCGAGUCAACUCAGUUAAAAUAAACCCCAAUCCUGUUCAUGUUGGCUCUGUGAGAGUAGCCCGAGCUGCUUCGCCUGUUUUAUCUGAUUCUUCUCAUGAAUCCACCACCUCUGACCGCCGCCGUUUCCGACUUGCGAAUAAUUUAUGCCUUUACUGCGGUUCUAAUGAUCAUUGGAUCGCAGACUGCGAUGCCCGCUCUACUUUGUCUGAUACUUCCGAGAAACCUCCGAAAAAGCUUACAGCCCGCGCCAGCAACCCGCCUCGCUAUUAG